AAUAACUAGUGACAGAAAAAUGUGGGAGUAUUCGGAAUAGUCAAUGAAUCAUAUCAAAUCAGAUUAAUUAGCAUGAUUAGAGAUAAAACAAACCGAUGACAAUGCUAAUGCUCUAAAGAAUUUUCAUUUUAACAAUGACCGAGACUGAUACAAACAAAAGUCAACCUGUUAAUCCGUACAUUACCAUAGAUUUCGAUGCAGCUUCAACAGCUUCAAUAAACUCCAUUGACAGCUUGGGAUUGAAAACUGAGGUCGUCACUAAUAAACAGGAUUAUGAAAGAACAAGGGCUGGACGCAGCAGAUCAACAAACUUCAGAACUGGGCAAGGACAACAUGAACAUACAACAAAAAACGUUCAUCCAGACUUCUUAGAUUCUGUGGAAGCUGACCCAACUUACUUGUCAAACUUUUUAAACUCUGAUUUAACAGAAGUAGAACCAUCAGAAAAGUUAAAUCAUUCACAGAAAAUUCCAGGAUGGGCUUGGAAAAUUGUGAUCUAUGUUUUAGGUGUAACAUAUUCUCACCUAGAAAAACAGUCAGUUCUAUCCCGUAUUAUUCAGAUCGUCACCUUAUUAUUAGGUCUGACAUUUUCCGCUACUGGUAUGACACAUGAGAUAUUUGACAUAUUGAGUAAUUUGACAAAUACGACACUGUUGAUGGGCGUGGUCACUAUAUUCUUAGGCUUUAUCUGGAUAUGCUUGGGACUGUAUUCUCAAAAACUUGCUGCAAAAUUGUUCAGUAAUCGUAACUUUGUGGAAUGUGUAAGAAUUCACUCCAGAACUUUUUUGAAAGUAAGCGUUGCAGGACUUUUUAUAUUUUUAGCAGUUGCUAUUUAUGGAAUUAAUUCAUAUGUGUCAUUCCUGAAUUUUGGACCAAACCAUUGUGACAAGUUGAAACUAUCCCGCUAUGUGUGUCAUGUGAUGUACUCAUCACAUCUAGCGUUUACAUUGAUUUCAAUGAUGUGGAAUGUUUUAGUGGGCUGUACAUUAUUUUCUGUCUGUCGUACACAUACAGUUGUGAUCAGGAGAUUUAUCAGUGUCUUGGACAGAGAGGCCAAAGUUUUAGAGUUAAUCAGCCGAGAAAAUGCUAAGAAAUUCCUAAGGAUGACGUCUGCUAAAAGCAUGGACUUUGUCUCUCUCACAGGUCAAUCAGAUUCUGGCUGGUUUAUAUGGGACGAUUUAGGUCAAAGUGGAUCCCAGUAUCAUUUAUUAGAUGAGCAGCCAACUGCAGCAUCAGUAGAUGUACCACAGGAAACCAGUGCAAAACCAAGGGUCUCCAUACAGUCUGAAUACAGUAUUGACUAUGAGGCCUGCAGAGAUAACAAGUCCACCAUUCUUACCAAUGAAGAAAUACUCAAUGCCUACUGGAAAAUUUCUAAAAGAAUGAGAGUGACUUCUCGCUACUUACAGAGAUGGCUUGGUAGUUGGAUCUUCUUUGUAUUGUUAUGGAUCAGUGAUUACGUCAUCAACUGGUUGUCUCAUCCCGCCAAAAUAUUUUCCAUAUUAGAAUGUAUUUUACCACUUUUUAUGCUACUUUUACUGGCGUCAGCAUUUGCAGAGGUCAAUGGUGAAGGUCAAAGAAUGAUAAGGUGUAUCUGUCCUACAGAGGAGAGACUCAAACUUCUACAGUUCCUCACCGUUCAACCUCUUCAAAUGCAGGUGUUUAAUUUUGCCCUGAAUUACAAUGCUAUAGUAGGAGUAGUGUUGGCAUUCUCAAUUGCAUUUGCCUCUCGUCUUAUCCUUGAUGAAAUUAAGUAAAAUUUUGGCAAUUUGAAGGUGUCAUCAGUUUGCUGUCUUCAAUUUUGUUCAAAAAGGAAAGGACUGAAAAAAAGUGUGGACUAUACACGACCAAAUACGGUAGUUAUUGUCAAGAAACUUUAAACAACAUUCCACCUCAUAUGCUGAAAGACUUUUCAUUAAGACCUAUAACCUUUGUACAUUAGGAAGGCCUAUACAAAAAA